CAAUAAUCGAAAAUAUCGAAAGUUUUAUAUCAAUAAGAUUGUGUAUAUAUUCGUGUAACUUUAUAAAAAACUUAGUUAAAUCUAACAAGCUCUUUUACAAACAAACAAAUUUACACCAACUGCAUAAAAUUUUAUUUUGUCUGCAGUUAGUUUCAAUUUUCAAGUCCGAAAAAUAUAUCCAAUUUUCUUGAGCAGUCGGUUUUGUAUACACCACUCCACAAUGGAAUAUUUUGCAAAUAAACGUAGAAUCGAUCAAGAUAUUAAAAAGCUUAUAGAGUGCAACUAUGAGGUCAAAAUUAUUAGUUUGCGUGAGUUACUGGUUAUAUUUAAAGGACCUGAUGAAUCGUUGUAUGAUAACGGAGUAUGGAAAAUUUGGAUAAUACUACCUAGGCGCUAUCCUUUAAGUCCACCGAUAGUCAUAUUCAAAAAUAAGAUUUUACACCCAAAUAUUCACGAACAAACGGGAGCAAUAUGUAUGAAUGUACUUUACGAGGCGUGGACGCCUAUUUACAGUUUGACAACUAUUUUUGACACGUUCCUGCCAUAUCUUUUGAAAAAUCCAAAUGCAAGUGAUCCCUUCAAUCUAGAAGCUGCAUCUCUGUUCAACACUAAUAGGGAACAGUACGAAAAACGCGUUAGAGAGUAUGUGAUUCGUUAUGCAACUGAAAAGCCAACUGUCACUGAUAACGAAUUAGUAUUACGUGAUGUUAACAAUAUAAAUCCGGAGACUUCACAUGACGCUACUACUAAUUUUACUUGGGAAUCGGCAUUUAUACAAAGUUACCAAUCUGCUGCUGCUUUACUCAAUUCAGAAACAGAAGAUUCCCCAUUAGAUAUGCCUCUUAUACCCUUUGAAGAGAAUAUCGGUGCAGAUGUACCAGCAGUACCAGAAGCUAUGAAUGGUGUUAUACUAUGUGCUGAUACUCUAGGCGAAGAACUUAGAUCUACUGUAGAAGCAUUCAAUAGCUUAGUUCAAUUGGAGGUUAUGUCAGAAUCAUAUGAAAACUUUAACAAUGUUGAGGCUUUAGUUCCUGUCGAAGAUGUUGGACAGAUUACAGGGGAAGACAUAUCCAUCAGUAUACAAGCGGUUAAUACAUUAACAGAGUUAGAGAGUAAUACGAAAGCAGAUGAAGGUGAAUUUAUUAUUGUUGAUCAAAAAGAAACAGUUACAGAAGUCAAUGAAGAACCGUAUGUUGGCGUAGUAAACGAUAUCGAUUUACAAGAUAUUGAAGAUGAAGAUGUACAAGGUUUCGAGAAAGAAUAUGAUGACGGUCUUGGCGCAGACGACGAUGUUGGAGACAUGUACGUCAGUAUGCAAUCGAUUAUUACAUUACCAGAUUUUGAGAGUAAUCCGAAAACAGAUGAAGGUGAAUUUAUUACUGUUGAUCAAAAAGAAACCGUUACAGAAGUCAAUAAAGAACCGUAUGUUGGCGUAGUAGACGAAUUCGAUUUACAAGAUAUUGAAGACGAAGUUGUACAAGGUUUUGAGAAAGAGUAUGAUGACGUUCUUGAGGUAGAUGCCGAAGAUGUUGGAGAUAUAUACGCCAGUAUGCAAUCGAUUAUUACAUUACCAGAUUUUGAGAGUAAUCCGAAAGCAGAUGAAGACGAGUUUAUUACUGCUAUUCAAAAAGAAACCGUUACAGAAGUCAAUGAAGAACUGAAUGUUGGUGUAGUAGAUGGAUUCGAUUUACAAGAUAUUGAAGCUUCUGAAAAAGAAUAUGAUGACGGUCUUGACGCAGAUGAAGAGUUUUAGAAAAACUAUUUAUAUGUUUGGGUUAUCUGAUAAAACGAAAAAUUUAUAAUUGAUUUAAA